AUGGUGAAAUUGAAGCUGGCUGUAGCAAUGGGGUUUAUACUAUGGAAUAACAGUAUUGUAUCGUAUGGCGACUUCUUGAAGCCUAAGACAACAGCCUUGUGGUGGAAGCGCAUAAUUAUGAAUGCUGCCAAAGUAGGCAAGGGUUUGUCCAUUGAUACCAAGGCACACAUGUUGGUCUCCAAACACUGGAUUGAGGCCACUGAUCCAUGGCAUCGUUAUGGGAACAACUUACAAUUAUACUAUAAAGAGUGGUUGAAUAGCUCCACCAAUCAGUAUUUCUUUUUUUGGUUGGAUUCUGGAGAUGGCAAAGACCUUGAUCUUGAAGAGUGCCCAAGAUCAAAGCUUGAUCAACAACGUGUCAAGUAUUUUGGACAAGAAGAGAGAAAAAAAUACGAGUAUGUGGUUGUUGAAGGAAAAAUACUACACAAUAUGACCAGAAAACCUCUUCACCAUGGAUCUCCACAGUUGAAAUAUAUCUUUGUAGUGAGCACAUCUAAGAAACUCUACAUUGGAGAGAAAGAGAAAGGAAUUUUCCAUCAUUCAAGCUUUCUUGCGGGAGAAGCUACUUUAACUGCUGGGAGACUCUUGGUAGAAGAUGGAAAACUUAAGCGCAUCUCACCUUCCAGUGGACACUAUAAGCCAACUGAGGAUAGCCUUGAACGAUUUUUAUCGAUUCUCAAGGAAAAUGGAGUCAAUCUCGAAGAAGUCCAGAUCCGGAAGGCGAAUGAAGACUUUGUGAGUCCUCAAGUCUAG